UUAUCAGGUGAUUAAAAAGACAAUUGUCUCUGCAUUUUGGUCCACGUGUUUGAAUUUUGACCGGUUGUUCUUUUUUUAUUUUUUUUUUCAAUUCGAAUAACUCACGGAUCAAGUUAUGUUGAACUUUCAUGUUUCGAUCAUUUUUUUACCAUGUAUUCUUCAUUGCUAACACAAUUUCAUUUCAAUCUUUGUUCUCGGACUUCCUAAUUAUAAGAAAUAUAGCUUAUCGCCGUAAUUAUUCUAUAAAUAUUUCUCGACAAUGUUUCAUCAAUUGCAGUUUAUACGUCAGUUCAACGGUGGUACUUCAGUUCUACGUCGUCUAAUUUUCUAUCGGAUUGUUCGAUUUUGGGGAAAAGUUGCGCAUUUGGUGAGUCUGGGGGUCCGCUGCGACCUCAGGGCAUAACAAGGUGUUUCCCCUCUUCAAGAAAAACUUUGAGCUACCCGACGGUUUAUCGUCCAGCGCAUUGUUUCAAUUAUAAAUUUUAAUAAUCACUACGGUACAGACUACUGAAAUUAUGCUGCAACUGAUAUGCGAACAUCAGGUUUGACCGUAUAGGUGUAUGAUGAGGUGCGUAUAAUCUUCACCGGCGAGAAUAAAUUAUUGUUGAAGAAUUACUCGGCAACUACUUAGCAGUAUUUCCGCAUUUAUGAUAAGCACUUUAGAUAGAAUACUGAAUAAGUAGGCCACAUUAAAGGUAUAGGCUUGCCUUUUUGAUAAUGCGAGAAUUUAUAGAGACGCAUACUUCCUCGAAGCACGCGUUCGAGCCUUUAAAUACUCCUCGUCUCAUUUUAAGCAGUUCACUAAUUUACUAGGCCCUAUAGUGCCGCAAUCUUCUUACCACCUAUAUCUCUUCGAAUUGGAGAGAAAAGAAAAGCCAGCUAGUUCUGUCAUAUCGCUUCGAUCAAACAAACCGAUCACAACAUAAUGGCAAUAACAGAAAUUUUCAUAUCAUCAAUCAUUCUAGUACUCGUCGUCCCAGGACGCACAGAGUACUCGAGGAGUGCAGUCAGUCGCCAAUUGCGCGAAAAAUACAGUGGCUAUGGGGAAGACUGGAUCUUCAUGCCGGAUGGAAAUGGUCAACCACAGGUCGCUGUUCUGAAAGGACAUACAACGGAUAGUAGGUCCUUUUUCGAAGAGGAUGACGUUACAUUUAUACUGUAUAUUCGAAAUGGGCCAAUAAAUGGCACGGUGCUUCCCAUUAAUGAUACUGAAACUUUGAAAGAAUCUGGUUUCUCUGCUUCACGGAAGACAAAGUGCAUCGUUCACGGUUGGAAAUCCAGCGCACAAGCGUUUUGUGAUAUGAAGGAUGCUUUUUUGCAACACGGUGACUACAACGUUAUCCUGAUAGACUGGGGGCCCUUAGCUGCCAGCACGUUUUACUUAGGACCUAUGUCGAAUACUGGCAGAGUUGGAGAACACGCGGGAAAUUUCAUAGAUUUCCUAGCUCGCGAGGCUGGAUUAAAUACGAAAGACGUUCAUUUCAUCGGACAUUCGUUGGGAGCACAUGUAGCCGGAAAUGCCGGGCAUCACACGACCAUGGGACCUAUAGGCCGUUGCACGGGAUUAGACCCGGCGAUGCCGGGCGUUCAUAUAUUCUCUUCCGAAGAAACCAGAUUGGAUGCAUCUGAUGCGAUAUUUGUUGACAUCAUUCAUUCUUGUGGAGGAGUUUUGGGUUACUUUCAGCCCUUAGGACACGCAGAUUUCUACCCUAAUGGAGGAACGGCCGUGCAACCUGGAUGCUGUUGUGUUCUUGAAUUUCUAGAGAGUUGCAGCCAUGGUAGAUCACACGUCUACUUUACCGAAAGCAUAAGUACAAAGUUUGGAUUUCCGGCAACGAAAUGUUCAGACUGGGACCAUUACACGGGUAAAAAUUGUUCGGAGCCAGAAAUGGCCUAUAUGGGUGCCCAUACGGAUCCUUCUGCAAAAGGUUCUUACUUUUUACACACUAGAGGCGAAAAGCCCCAUGCCUACGGUGUGGACCUCUAUCAAAAUCAAGUUUAGUUUUUAAGGUCGUAAAUUAUUUGAAAAGCACAACUCAUUCUAGUCUCGAUGGGGUAUAACCGCACAUUAGUACAAUUGGUUUUUCCAGUACUCGAAAUAUGAACUAUUUGUCAGGUAAUGCGUUUUACUGUCGUUCAAUAUCGAAAAAAAAAUAAAUAAAUAAAUAAAUGAAUGAAUAAAUCACAAAAAAA